UCUUUGACGUGCAGCAGCAGGAGCCACACCUCUCCUCUCCGUGCGCGCGUUGUGAUUGUUGUGUGAGUGACAUGUCGCUCAGCUACCUCCCGGCCAUGGGCCACAGCCUCGGCAUGGGCGCCAUGGGCGCCGGCAUGGGCGCCAUGGGCGCUAUGGGCGCCAUGGGCACCAUGUACGCCGGCACCACCCUGCCCACGCACUCGCUCGAGGACCGCCUGCACGGCCUGCCGCUCUUCAGCACCUCGACGGGGGCCUUUGACGCCAUGGGCGCCCCGCUGUCACCUCCGACCAGCCCGACCAGCAGCAACGGCGGAGGCCAGCAGCUCACCGACCUCAGUCAGUACUCGGCGUCCAGCUACUACCACCCCAUGCCCAACGACUUCCAUCAUCACCACCACCACCACCACCCGCACCAGGAUCCACUGCAGCACCCCGAGGUCAAGCAGGAGCCGCUCACGUACCACCCGACCUUCCCGCUGAAUGCCAGCCCCGAGCACCUGCCCGAGCACCUCCCAGAGCACGACGCCAACCUCAUCUCCAGCACCACCGACAGCAGCCUGCCCCUGCAGAGCCACCACCAGCACCACGAAGCGGAUCACCACCACGCCGAUCACCACCACCAUCAGCAGCAGCAGCAACAACAACAGCCACUGCCCAGCCUGAUCAACGACCCCCUAUGCGACCGACUGGCCAGUGAUGAGGACGACGACGACCUGCUGGACUGCAAGCCGCCCAGGUCGCCGCCGGGCCUUGCGGGUCGCAAGCGCAAGAUGAGCGAGUGCAGCAGCGGCGAGGACCUGUCGGGCUCCGCCUGCAAGAUGCGGCGCCGCUCCUCGCCGCUCGAGAUGGACGUGCACAGCCAGAGGGUCAUGGCCAAUGUCCGCGAGCGCCAGCGCACCCAGAACCUCAACGACGCCUUUGCCAACCUCCGCAAGAAUCCGUCCGACAAGCUGUCCAAGAUCCAGACCCUCAAGCUGGCCGCCCGGUACAUCGACUUCCUGUACCAGGUGCUGCACGCGGGCGGCGUGGCCGCGCUCGCCGACUACACCGAGUCCGACGCAGACUCCGAACGCUCCGGCUCCAGCCCGGGUCCCUCGUCCGCCACCCGGCGCGCCUUCCGAGCCGCCUCCGGUGCCGCCGCGUCCGGGACCACGCUGUCACCGCCGCCCUUCGGCGGCGUCGGCCACGAGAAGCUGAGCCUGGCCUUCUCCGUCUGGAGGAUGGAGGACGACUGGAACGUCGGCAGCGCCAAGUGAUGACCACACGAUCCUCGCCGUGGGGCCUCCCUGGUUAUUUCGGGCGGCCGCGCCGCUCCCCUCGGCUCCUCUAUCCACUGCGCUAUCUGCCCUUCCAUCCUCCACUGGGGCCCCUUUGCUUUGUGAAGCGCAUCUUCGCGGAAGGGGAACGCGCAUCAUGGGGCCAAUACAGUGUGUGCUGUCGAAAGCGUUUCGUGAUUAUUAUUAUUGCUGUAACUAUAAUUAUUUUAUAAUUACCAACUUGCAGUCAGUGCAAAACCUUUGUUUUUAAUAAAGUGUACAAACGACGAGAGAGAUAUAUUUUGUUGUAUUAUAUUACGUUUGUAAAGAAAUUAUAUAAGUAUUGUUAAUUUUACUGUUUUCGAUACAUUCUCUGGUGACGUAGGUGAUAGUGGUGGAGAAACAGAAGAGAAAUUCAUUUGAACUUGUUGUGAACUUGUAGUGACUUGUUUUGACAAGUGCUUUAAUGAGUAUGGGCUGGCUUAUGGUGCUACAUAGUAAUUUUGCGAUCCUGACCUUAGAGUGCUGUGGGAAGGAGCAAGCUGUUUUGUGAUAUUUGACUUGUAUGUACAAAGUUUCCGGUCCAUGGUCCAUCAAAUUUAACUAUAAUGAUUACGCUCGAUCAAAUCUGAGAAGAUGCACUUUGCCCUCCCAUGUAGAAUUAUUAUACGCUCUGUGAUUGUUAAACUUUGAGUACUAUUGACAAUGAUGUUUUUUUUUUGCUCCAAUAAUAUCAGACCUGUGUGAUACAAAUGUCUAUUUUUUAUAGGUGAAAGAUCUUGGGCACGUCUUUAUGUCCGUUUCAGUCCGUGUACAUUCCUUGAUGAGAUUGUACAUUCUUGAAUAAUUAAAAAUAAAAAAUUACUUUAUUUACAAAAGAACCGAUUGUUCACUUUUUUGGUUUACACGCGACCCCAAUUUCGCCAGCGUCCUGUUUUUGUUUUUUAC